AAAAAUAAAAAAUUUAUUAAUAUUAUUUCAAUAUCUUUUUUGUGCUAAAAGUCUAAUUAAUUAAAUACAGAAAAAGACAUAUUAAUAAAGAUGGAAGGAGAGAUUUAAGCUUAGAAUGCUGAAACCGAGCAAUAAGUUAAAAAUUAAAAUGAGCAAAGUUAAUAGUCAGCAAAUUAAGUUGCAAAUGAAGAAGUUAAAUAGAGCGAUAACCAAUAGCAACUGCUUUCAAACACAAUUAAAUAUGGAGAUUAAGUUGUUUUUUAUGAAAGUGUAAAUAGCAUGAAAAUGUAAACAAUCGUUGAAAAUGGAUUCUUUUAAAACAGAUUUGGCUACUUUGGACAUUCUGAAGUAGUAGGAAAGCAAUUUGGUCAAAAGAUUUUUAACUUGAAGAAGAAUGCUUUUAUUUAUUUACUUAGACCUGAUCCUGUUUUAAUCACUGAUACUCUAUCUCAUUUGACUUAAAUUUUAUAUUAGGCUGAUAUUUCUUAUGUCAUUUCUAAGAUGAAUAUUUAACCAGGUUCAAUAGUCGUCGAAUCAGGUACUGGUAGUGCUAGUCUCAGUUCAUCUAUUGCAAGAACUAUCUAAGACGAAGGUCAUUUAUACACUUUUGAAUUCAACGAAGCUAGAGCUAAAAAUGGUGCUGAAGUUUUAGCUGCACAAGGAUUGAAAAAUUUUGAUGUUAUCUGGAGAGAUGUUCUAUCAAAUGGCUUCAUGCCUAUUCCCGGCGAAAGAGUUUACAAUCUUAAAGAACACAGUGCUGAUGCUGUAUUUUUGGAUUUGCCUAGACCUUAUGAGGCUAUUACUCAUGCUAAGCAAGUGCUUAAAAAAGGUGGCAGACUUUGCUGCUUUUCUCCUUGCAUUGAAUAGGUAAUGAAGAAUUGUGAAGAAAUGAGAAUCUAGAAAUUCGUUUAAAUUGUCACUAUCGAAGUCAUUUAAAGACCUUUUGAAAGAAGAGAGAGAACAUUUUAGAGUGCCUUCUAAGUUUUGAACCCUAAUUUUAUCAAUAACAAAAGAAAGAGAGACGAAGUUGGAGACAAUGCUCAAGAGUAAGAAAAUAUUUAGGAAGAUUAGCAAUAAUAAAUAGCAGCAGAAGAUGAAAAUGAAAAUAAUGAUGAAGAAAACAAUCAAGAUGAUGAACAAGGAGAAGAUGAAGAAGAAAGCCAAGAAGAGGCUGAUCAAGCAAAUAAAAAAGGAAAGCAAAAUAAAAACAAUAAGAAAGAUAAAAGAAACAAAUAAUAAAACAAUUAAAAUGGCUCCAAACCUAUCCCAUAAUUUAUUAGACCAUAAAUAACUAAAGUAGUAUAUUCAAGUGGACCCAAAGAAAUCAAAGGUCAUACUGGAUAUUUAUCUUUUGGUAUUUGUAUUUGA